AUGAGGUAGGAGAACCAGAGCAGCAUGUCCGAGUUCCUCCUCCUGGGGCUCCACAUCCUUCCAGAACAGCGGGGCCUGUUCUUCGCCCUGUUCCUGGGCAUGUACCUGACCACGGUGCUGGGGAACCUGCACAUCAUCCUGCUCAUCAGGCUGGACUCGCGCCUCCACACCCCCAUGUACUUCUUUCUCAGCCACUUGGCCUUCACUGAUGUCUCCUUCUCAUCUGUCACUGUCCCUAAGAUGCUGUGGAAUAUACAGACUAAUCACAAGUCCAUCCUCUAUGCAGGCUGCAUUUCCCAGGCAUAUUUUUUCUUCUUGUUUGCUUGCCUUGACAAUUUCCUUCUUGCAGUGAUGGCCUAUGACAGGUAUAUGCCCAUCUGUCAGCCCCUCCACUACACCACCAUCAUGAGGCAGGAGCUGUGUGUCUCCCUAGUAGCUGGGUCCUGGUUCCUCUGCUCCCUCCACUCUCUCUUGUACACCCUACUCUUGGCCCAACUAUCCUUCUACGUGAGUGACAUGAGGUGGGAGAACCAGAGCAGCGUGUCCGAGUUCCUCCUCCUGGGGCUCCCCAUCCGUCCAGAGCAGCGGGGCCUGUUCUUCGCCCUGUUCCUGGGCAUGUACCUGACCACGGUGCUGGGGAACCUGCUCAUCAUCCUGCUCAUCAGGCUGGACUCGCGCCUCCACACCCCCAUGUACUUCUUCCUCAGCCACUUGGCCCUCAAUGAUGUGUGUCUCUCAUCUGUCACUGUCCCAAAAAUGUUGAUGAACAUGCAGACUAAUCACAAGUCCAUCCCAUAUGAAGGGUGCAUCUCCCAGAUGUAUUUUUUCAUAUUGUUUGGUUGUCUUGACAAUUUCCUUCUUGCAGUGAUGGCCUAUGACAGGUACGUGGCCAUCUGUCAGCCCCUCCACUACACCACCAUCAUGAGGCAGCAGCUGUGUGUCUCCUUAGUAGCUGGGUCUUUUUUCUUAUGCAGUCUCCACUCUCUGUUGUAUACACUGCUCUUGGCCCGACUGUCCUUCUGUGCUGACAAUACCAUACACCACUUCUUCUGUGAAAUCUCUGCACUCCUGAAUUUGAGCUGCUCAGACAUCUCCCUCAAUGAGAUGGUCAUCUUCAUUGAAGGGGGCAUCCUCUUCAUACUGCCUUUGAGUGGCAUCUUGGGCUCCUAUAUCCGUAUUUGGCCCACUGUCCUUAGAAAGCCCUCUGCUAAGAAAUUGCUCAAAGUCCUUUCUACCUGUGGCUCCCACCUCCUCGUUGUGUCUUUAUACUAUGGGACCAUUGCAGAAAUUUACUUUUUCUCUUCAUCAUCCACCUCCAGUGAUGAAAUCAUAAUUGCCUCUGUGAUGUAUAUGGUAGUCACUCCCAUGCUGAACCCCUUCAUUUACAGCCUGAGAAACAGGGACAUGAAAUGUGCCCUGGAAAUACUUGCUAACAGGGCUAAGUUAUUUAAGUCAAAUAAAUUAAUCUGAAUGUGUUAGCAAUAACUCA